CCAUCCCCGCCCAGUCAUGAAAGCAGGCAGGAAGCGAGAAUAGGACAGCCCCGCAGCUAGUGCCGCAGGUUUAAUGUCCUAGGCCGGACUGUGUGGUGUUACAUAACGGCUCCUAUAUAUAUAUAAUCCUACAACUGCAAGUCCGAUCUUAGCUGAAGAAGACCCCGUCGCCACCAUGAACCCCGACAUUCGCAAAGAACGAGAGAAUGCCACCUUCAACACGGACGCACUGACUCACAUCCUGGAUGGCAACCCGGAGAAAACCAGAAGGAGACGAGAAAUCGAGACUCUGGUUAUCAAAGACCCCGACUUCCAGCAUGAAGACCUCAACUUCAUGUCCCGCAGCGAGCGGUACGAUGCGGCGGUGAAGAAGAGUGCGCAGAUGAUCCUGAAGAUGCGGGAGUACGGCAUCGCCGAUCCCGAAGAAAUAUACUCCUACAAGAAAUUCGUGAAUGGGCAGCAUCAUGAGGCUCUGGGUCUCCACUAUACCAUGUUCUUGCCCACGUUAUAUGCCCAGUGCGACGCAGAGCAGCGCAGGAAGUGGCUUCCUCUUGCAGAGUCCUUCAAGGUCUUGGGAACCUAUGCCCAGACUGAAAUGGGACACGGUACCCAUAUCCGUGGGCUGGAGACUACAGCCACUUACGAUCCAUCCACCCAGGAGUUUGUCCUCAACAGCCCCACGGUCACCUCUAUAAAAUGGUGGCCAGGCGGACUGGGCAAGACAUCCAACCAUGCCGUCGUCCUGGCACAGCUGCACACCCAGGGGAACUGCCACGGCCUGCAUGCCUUCCUCGUGCCCAUCCGCGAUAUGAGCAACCACCAGCCCCUGCCAGGCGUGGUGGUGGGCGACAUCGGGCCCAAGUUUGGCUUUGACGAGGUGGACAAUGGCUUCCUGAAGCUGGAGAACGUGCGGAUCCCUCGGGAUUACAUGCUGAUGAAGUAUGCCAAGGUGGAACCGGACGGCACCUACCGGAAACCCCCGAGCGACAAGCUGACCUAUGGCACCAUGGUGUUUAUCCGCUCCAUGAUCGUGGGCGAGUCGGCCCGCGCCCUAUCCAAGGCCUGCACCAUUGCCAUCCGCUACAGCGCCGUGCGGCACCAGUCUGAGCUGCGAGCCGGUGAGCCCGAGCCUCAGAUCCUGGACUACCAGACCCAGCAGCACAAGCUGUUUCCCCUGCUGGCCACAGCCUAUGCCUUCCACUUCUUGGGCCAGUUCAUGAGCCAGACGUACCACCGCAUCACUGGGGACAUCAAUCAGGGUGACUUCAGCGAACUGCCUGAGCUGCACGCCCUGUCGGCAGGCCUGAAGGCCUUCACCACAUGGGCGGCCAACGGCGGGAUCGAGGUAUGCCGCAUGGCCUGUGGGGGACACGGCUACUCCCGCUGCAGCAGCCUGCCCGACAUCUACGUCACCUUCACGCCCACCUGCACCUACGAGGGCGAGAACACGGUCAUGAUGCUGCAGACCGCCAGGUACCUUGUGAAGAGCUAUACACAGGCCAGCAAGGGCCAGAAGGUCUCCGGCAUGGUGUCCUACCUGAAUGAGCUACAGCAACGGAUACAGGCCCAGCCGGUGUCCUCCAGGCCUACGGUGGUCGAUAUCAAUGACUUGACCAGCCUGGUGGAGGCCUACAAGCUUCGGGCCGCAAGGCUGGUGGAGCUGGCAGCCAAAAACCUGCAGGCGGAACUUCAGCGUAGGUUGAGCAAAGAGGACGCCUGGAACCAAACCUCCAUCGACCUGGUCAGGGCGUCCCAUGCUCACUGCCACUAUGUGGUGGUGAAGAUGUUUGUGGCCAAGCUGGGGGAGGUAGCCGACGUGGGGGUGCACUCCGUCCUCAGCACCCUGGCACUGCUCUAUGCCCUGGAUGGCAUUGCCCAACACACCGGGGACUUCCUGCUGGCCGGCCUGCUGAGCAUGCCCCAGGUGUCCCAGAUUUCCCAGCGGACGAAGGAGCUACUCGCCCAACUGAGGACAAACGCCGUGGCGCUGGUGGACGCCUUCGAUUACCGGGAUGAGAUGCUGAACUCCUCCUUGGGUCGUUACGACGGCAAUGUCUACGAGCACAUGUUCGAGUGGGCGAAGAAGUCACCCCUUAACCGGACAGAGGUCCAUGAGUCCUACUACAAGUACCUGAAGCCACUGCAGUCCAAGCUGUGAGCCGCAGCAUCAGUCUGGCUGCCCACGACCAGAAGGUCCAUCCACUAACCACACUGAGCUCCACCUGUAAACCAGACCACAACGCUACCACCACCUCCACAGAAUCGUUUGUGGCGGCUGCUUUACUGGAAUGUUUUUGUUUCCAUUAUCUUUAUUGUUCUGUCCUGUCAGUCUCUUGUUCUGGUGAAAUUAUAGUUCCAAAGGACAGGAUGGUUUAACAUGAGUUGCUGAUUUUUAAUUAGCAUUCUACUAAUCUCAUGCACUUUCUGCUUUUAACUGGAAUUAUUCUAUCCUUUUAAGUGUGUUCAGUCUGUCAGCUUUAAUCUGUUUUCACUCAAUCUUCUCCUACCUAAUUCCUAUGGUCAAGAGUUCAAAAAAUAGAACUGAAUUGGGGUUGUUGCACUCGGGGUUAAUGGAUAAUUACAGUGAAGGUUGUUGAAAGGCUGCAGCUGUCUGCAAAGUAUAGAGGAUGCGGAGGGAUAUAGCUGACAGGAGUCAGUUAAUAUGGUGCAUGCACAGCCCUUUUUAUGCUAUAUGGUCUCAAUACAUUUUUGCCUUGCAAAUGUACAUUAUGGGUUUUAUAAAUGUUUGCAGAAUAAUUCUCAUAGACCCAAACAGUCCAAAGUGUGGGGUAUGAAUGAAUAUGAGCCCGAUUCACUUGGGGAAUGAAAAGAAAUUGUGAAAUGUCAGUGGUUGCUUUCUGUCUGUCUACUGUGUUGAGGUCUUUUGGCCAUCAAUCUUUUUUUUCAGGCACUAAACAGUUAUCGAUUGUUGUUGUAUGAAGUGGAAAAUGAAUUAUACUUUCCCGCAAAAUGUCCAAAUUGACAUGGAACAGGAAGUAACAGGUUGUGCCCAAAUUUGAUAACCGGAAGCAGAUGCAUUGAAUUUAAAGUAACGAAUAGCUAUUUGGAUCUUAAAGUUAUGUUCAUGGCUAUAAAUCCGAAGCAUUUAGAGAAAGUUGUCAUUCCAUAGCACUGCGCUAUAAAUCUAAUCUUUUAAACACUGAAUUUAACAUGGGGGGAUUUGUUGCUGAUUUUCACAUGGUACUAAUGAGUUGUUUUGUAAUAUCUAUCCGCGAUUUAUAUGUGCAAAACACCUUUGAUGAAGUUUGGCGGGUACAUUGUUCAAAUCUUACUGACUAGUUUUGUCAGUUUUAAUUUCAGAGAAAUAAAUUCCGUUAACUCUAUCCUUGGAUUUUUUUUUUUUUUUAUCUGUCAGAAAAUUAAAUUCAAUGAGGUAGUUGUGUGUUAUGAAAAUUGAAAAUGAACUUUAUUAAAAGACGUUGCUUCAAUUAA